AUGAGGCGCAACGAAAUACUGAGGUUGAAGAGGGUGAUCUUUCCUCGACUUCCAAAAACUCCUCUAGUCUGCCGAGCUACCGGGUUGAUACCAGUAUCGCUUGGUCAAGCUGUAGGGAAUACUCGACCCUCCGAUUCGCAACGGAAAUGUCUGACAAGUGCUGCCAACCGAUUGGAAGGUUCCCAAUUGUCCAACGCUGAGCAAAGUCCUCAUCCCGUUGAAACAACUUUCAACCUCCAACUCGAAGAUUGCUCUGUACCUCUACAAACUCUCCUCGAUCAAUAUGAUCUCACCUCACCAAUCCCCUUUGCACACCUCGUUCCCCUCCUACGACACCCUUCAUCGCCUUCUACCAUCAUCACCCUUACACCAUCAGUAAUCGCUUAUAUUGAAGACUUCGACAAUCCCAUGUACAAAUGUGUAGAACUCUUAGAAAGGCUUUCAUCUCAAAUGGGGAACCACCAAAUGCUCGCAUUACUUCCGCCCGUAGUCCAGUCAUUCUUACAACGGGUAGAUGUGGAAGUAGAACGAGGAGGACAAUGUGAAGUGGGAGAGUUACAAAGAUGGUAUCAAAGAAUCAUACAUUCUUUGAGGUAUUUUAGCGGGUCAAAGGCAAACUCGACAGCUUCAUAUAAUCAAGGUCUAGUAUUACCUUUACCGAUCAGGAUGCAAGUCACUCAAAUGAUAUCACAUUUAAUGGAAGUUUUAUCUUCUUUACCUUCUUCCUCCGACCAGUAUUGCCAACCUCGUAUAUCCUCUUCCUUCUUGAAGUUGUUGAUCACACGCCGAUAUCUGACACCCGAAUUAAGAAAAAUGCUCGUUAGACAUACUUGGUCUCAUGGAAUAGAUCUUACGCCUUCACAAUGGCAUCAAUGCACUAUAUCUGCCAUGGAUGAAGGUAAUGAAAGAGAUGCGAAGAGAUACAGGAAACGCAAACAAAUUGCAAUUGAUAAAAGGCAGCCGGAGCAAAUUUUAAAUGUAGAGGAAGAUUUAUCCGAAUUUGCUGGGAAUAUGAUUAACCAUUUUGGAUCUGGUCAGUCACUUAGAGCCAAGGAGAUAUCUAGAUUGAUCAGUGAGAUGGUCAUUGCCAAGUAUGACCAAUCUAUCGACGAUUUACUGCCAACACUGGAACCUUUCCUGUACCCAGAUAUACAAGAAGGAACCCUAGGUCAUGAAAAAUUCAGGAAUGAUAUGAGAGGAACAAGAUUCAAAGCUGCAAAAUACGACGUCAAUUCGUUGCUCCGUUAUGCCUGGUCAAUCUUGAUACAUCGAUCUACCAGAGAGAAGAAAGUAACAGGUGAUGCGUUACUUGAGAUGGCCGAGACUUUACCUGGAGAAGCGGUCGUUGGCCAUACGUUAACUCCUAUAAUGCAUGGAUUAAUCAAACGAGGAGAACCUCUGAAAGCAUGGGAUAUUUGGAGAGAUCUGAUCAACCAUGAAAAAAAUGCGACUUUUCCAUCAAAAGGACUUUUUAUAGAUCGAAUCACUUUAGCUGUAGCUAUGGAAGCCUGUUACUCAGCUAGUAACCUUGAAGCAGCCGUAACUCUGGUAGACACAUGGGCGAAGAAACGUAUGAUCAUGGAUGAAUCAGGUAAUGAGGAUACUAUGGCAGGAUCUAUCCAACUUGACGCUCAAAAUAUCAAUAUCCUACUUAAUCUCUGUCGACGGGAUGGGAAAGCUUCAAUAGCAUUCCGACUCUGGUCAGCUGCAUUACCUCGAUAUGGUGUAUACUUGGAUGAUAUAUCGUUGAACCUUUUAUUGGAUAUUGCAAGAUACAGUGACAAUGAUUUGGAAGAUGAAAUAUCUUUAUCUCGUUCGGAAGAGAAUGAGCUCUUCAAGAGAAGAUUAAGAGCCUUCGCUGAUGAAUUCCGAUUCCGCCGACGACAUCGACAGGAAGCUGAGUUGAGCGAGAUGGAAGACGAAGAUUGUGAUGAGAUAGGGUAUUCAAACGAGAACGAGCGAUCAGACAUGAUAAAUUCCGAUGAAGGAUUUUGGGGUAAAAGUCCAACUAGUAUAUUGAUAAAUGAUCCUGAAUUUGCUUUCAGAUUCAGAAAAGAUAAAGGUGGUCUUGAAAUACCAUGGAAAAAGGCAAGACGUAUAUUUCGUCAAGUAGUCUUAGGUAAUUGGCCACACUUGAGAGAAAUCAAAUCUCCCUUGGAAAUCGCAUAUCAUCAAGGUGUUUCUUUCGGUUCAAUCGCUUCUUUCUUUGGUCAUUCUCCUUCACCCGAUAUUGAUACUGAUCAGGAUGGUGAAUCUAAUAACAGUAAAGUUGAAGAUAGAGAAAUCCGGUUACCUUCUGUGAAUGCAAGAUUCACUCAUAUAAUCCCGACCUCUAAUACAUUCAAAUCAUACAUCGCUUUGUUAGGUUAUUAUAAUAGACAUUCGGAAAUUGCUCUGACGUUAGGUUGGAUGAAAUCACUUGAUGUAAAACCGACUUGGUCAACAAUGUGUUUAGCCCUAUUACAUAUUUGCGAAGCUGAAGGACCAAGAAGAUGGGUCAAAGGAUUUGGUGAAAAUGGAAAUAUAGGACUGGUGAGAGAUGAAGAAAUAGUAAGGAAAUGGUUACAACAGUGGUUGGGUGAACAAGAUGAAAACGAUGGUAAAGGUGGUAGAAGAUCAAUCGUUCCCACAGAACAAGAUGUAGCGAGAAGUAGGAGAUGGUUAGCUGAGAGAAGACAGAAGUUAACUGCUUGA